AUGGACGGAGAGCGUGUGGAACGGGGAAGCCGCCACCCUAAGAAGAAGGGGAAGCAUCGUCAUGAAGAGGGGAAGGCAAAGGAUAAGUCGAAGCGUCACAGAGACAAAGAGGCAACUGGCACUGAUGUGGCUUCAGAUAUCCGAGAAAACGGCAAGGAAGAGGCUGUGAUAGGCAUCGCGGAGGAGGGGGAAGGCCGCAAGAGCAAGAAAGGGAAGGGCCGCCAUGAGGAGAAGAACAAGGUGAAUGUUUCAGUCGUUUCCGGCAGCAUAGAGAACGGUGCUGGUGAGGAGCAGGCCAAGAAGUCGGGCUCAAUGGCAAUGAAGCCUUGUUCGGAGGGUGCCACGGACAAAGUCAAUGUGAAGAAAGACAAGAAGAAAAAGGAUAAAAAGAAAGAGAAAGAAGCUGAGGCGACCGAGCAGAAGCAGAGUUUUGAUACUACUGUUGGUAAGGAGCAAGCUGAACCUUCUAGCUUGAUGGCGGUAAAGCCCCGUGUGGACUUUGCCGAGGGUGAUACGAGCAAAGACAAUGUGAAGAAAGACAAGAAGAAAAAGAAGGAGGAGAAGAAGGAAGAGAAAGAAGCUGAGACGACUGGGCAGAAGCAGACAUUUGACACUACUGUUGAAAAUUCAGGGGCAGAGCCUACAGAGAGAGACACGGUUGACGGAAAACAGUCUAGCAAGUCAAAGAAGAGCAAACGUAAGCAUAAUGAUGGUGCACCUGCCGUAGAGGUUUCUGCUGGCGAUCAAAUCGUGACAAGGGAAGAUAAGAAGAGAAGGAAGGAACCAGUUGUGCUGGAAGCGAGCAACCAAACCCAAAACACAAAUGAAGGUGAGAAUAGAGAGAUUAAGAAGAGAGGAAAGGAAAGCAGUAAAGCCAGUCCAGACUUUAGUGAGAAUGCAUCUGCUGGGGGAGAGGAAGCUGGUUUAGGUGUUAAUAAUGAUAAGAAGAAAAAGAAGAGCAAGGGGAUUGGAGGAGGAAAAAAAAAGAAAGAAAAGGCAGCUCGGUCAACAAAGGGUAAGCGGGUGAGUUCUGCUGAUUCCGUGGAGAUGUUUAGAACCGAAGGUGGUGAUGGUGAUGGGAUUGGAGGAAGAAAAAAGAAAGAAAAGGCAGCUCCAUCAAAGAAGAAAGGCAAGCGAGUGAGCUUUGCUGAUUCUGCGGAGGUGUUUAGCAUCGAAGGUGGUAAUAAUGAAGAGGAUGUCAGCAGUGAUGAAUCUAAACGUGUGCAUGGUCGGUUUACCCCAGAGGAAGACGCCACCCUCAUGGAAGCUAUGAGGGGUUACGCAGAGAUGAAGCAACUGGGGGAGAAAGGUUUAGAGAUGAUUGGGUCUUGUCGUAAAUACCCAGAGCUCAAGGGUUGUUGGGAUGAUAUAGCGAAAUCGUUACCCCAUAGACCUUACUUGGCGAUAUACAGGCGAGCACAUACAUUACUCUAUAGGAGCACCGGAUGUAAAUGGACACAUGAAGAAAAAGAGCAGAUUCAGCAGUUUGUCGAGAAAAAUGGCACAGAUUGGAAAACACUGGCACAGGAACUUGGAAAGAGUGAGAUCCAUGUAAAACAUGCUUGGAGAAGAAUAAAACCUAAGAAGAAAAAAGGUGCUGAUGAUGAAGAGGAUGUCAGCGGUAGUGAAUCUGAACUUGUACAUGGACAUCGGUUUACCGCAGAGGAAGAUGCCAUCCUCAUGGAAGCUAUGAGGGAUUACGCAGAGCUGAAACAACUGGGAGAGAAAGGCUUAGAGAUGAUUGGCUCUUGUAGUAAAUACCCAGAGCUCAAGGGUUGUUGGGAUGAUAUAGCGAAAUCGUUACCCCAUAGACCUCACGAGGCCAUAUACCAUCGAGCGCGUAUAUUACUCUAUAGGGGUGCUGAACGUAAAUGGACAGAUGACGAAAAAGAGAAGAUUCGGCGGUUUGUCGAAAUCAAUGGAACGGAUUGGAAGACAUUGGCUCGGGAACUUGGAAAGAGUGAGAUCCACGUAAAAGAUACUUGGAGAAGAAUGAAACCUAAGAACUUGAAAAAAGGACGUUGGACUCAGGAUGAACACCAGAACUUGUUUGAUUUGGUGAACCUUGACUUGCGUCUGAAAGCCCAUCAAAUAAAAAAUCCUGAUCAUCGGAUGCUAAGAGAUAACAUUUCCUGGGAGGCCAUCAGUGAUAAAUUGACCACCCGUAAUCACAAGAAUUGUUGCCUCAAGUGGUACGAAACAUUAGCAUCUCCGAUGGUCAAGGAAGGAAUCUGGUCUGAUGUUGAUGAUUAUCUACUGGUGGAAGCGCUUCAAAAGGUUGAUGCUGUCUGUAUUGAAGAUGUUGACUGGGACAGCCUACUUGAUCACAGGUCUGGGGAGGUUUGUCGUCAAAGAUGGAACCAGAUGGUCCGCGCCAUUGGUGGCCACAGGGAGAAGCCUUUCAUCGAACAAGUGGAAGUGCUGUCGAGGCGCUACUGCCCAGAAAUGAUUGAAUACAGAAGUGAGGAAAAAGUGUAG